AUGGAAAAUUAUAAAAUUCCGGAUUCUAGAAUCAAUUCACCUGCCCGCCAUUAUUUUCGUCGGUCGCCCAGAUAUGCUCGUCUCAAUGGACGUUUGUCCUGGUGCGCUGUAGGACAGACGUACUUACAAAUUGACUUGGGCAGAACUUUCAAGGUGACGUCAAUAGCGACCCAAGGAGGUAGAACGGAUACAGGGGACAAGUGGGUGAAACAGUACAAAGUCGCAUUUUAUGCUGGAGCAACACGUGUCAUGUACAGUGAAUCUGGGUUAGAAAAGGUAAGAAAUCUCAGAUUACAUUGUAAGCCACAUAUAUAUUUCUUUCUUUAUCAUUAUAUUAGUGUUGUUUUUCUCUUUCUUCGUUUACUUAUUUAUUGUUGGUUGUACGUUUUACAAGUCACUUAUGAUUGCGACACUAUGCAUGUUUUUUGAUCAAGGUCUCCUUUUCAGGUUUUCAGGUAUUUAGACAUUGUCUUUUAAAGGUAGCUAUAAUCACAAUAGAGUAGUUUAAAAUUGGAUUUUGUAUUGUAAAUUGCUAGAGUGAUUUUACUUGACCAGUGAACCAGAUACUAACUACUAGACAGUCCAAAGUAGUAACGGCGGGGUAAAGAAGAAUAUAGAAAAUGCAAUUAGUGCAUCUUGAAAGUGCGUAGUAUUCUACUACCUAUUUCACGGGUUAGGUAAAAUUACUCUCAUGUGUUUAAUACAUGUAAGUAUUAUUUUCCUUUGUCAUUUAUUCCAUCUUUACGGUUUGUCUCUAGGGAAAAGUCCAUGUUCUAUUCAUUAAUUUACAUCGCUGGGAGACCAUCUUCGCAACCCUUCUUUGACAGUGUUAUCACUAGUUGCUCGGGGGCAACAAAUCAACCCCUUCGGUAUUAUUACCUAGCUAUGCUUACACGCUUAUAAUAUGGAUGUUGUCACCUCUUUCCUCAGCCUAUACAGGGAAAUAGAGAUGCCUCUUCUGUCAUGAAAUAUCAGUUGAAGGAGCCUUUUGUGACCAGAAAAUUGCGUAUUUACCCUGGUUUGCAAUUCCAACCUUUCUGCUUAAGAAUGGAAAUAUAUGGAUGUAAUCCUAACCCUGGUAAAAUAUUAUCUUUGUAGCUUUAGCUUUGUUCUGUUCACACUUCUUACAUUACGCAAUAGGGAACACGGCAGUAUAGAUUAAUAACCAAAUUGAGAACUGAAUGAGAGUGCAGAUCCGGCCGGUAUGCAACCACUGCUUUCUCUCUCAACCCUAUUUUAGACUUUUUUGUAUCAAGUCCUUAAAUGACGAUAAAUGUACUGAGAAGAAUCACUCAAGUUAUGGCUGAACGGUUGUGUUCCCCUUCUACGAAUUAAGCCCCCAGAGUAGUAUAAUACGCAGCCACUUUAAUUAUUUACUCAAAAUAUAUCGACGUUUCUGAUUGGCUCAAAACAUGGGCUUAUUCUUCAUAACCAGCGGGCACUGACCAAAUGUGGAAGAUACAAACAAUACCCAAACAACCUCAUUUUGAGGCAAAUAUUCCAUCGAUCAAUUUUGUUCCUAGGCGCGGCAGCCUAACUGUUUCUUACCAAGUGAACUAUAGAAACGGCUAUCAGAAGACGAGAUAGCGUAAUUUCUGGCUCAAACAAAAAGAAAAAAAUGCAACAAUACGCAAAAGUUAUUUUGCUAGGUGGAUGUUAUUUCCUUUUGAAAGUAUCUGCAAGAAAUUUAAUUAGAAACAUCUAAUAUGCUAAAUACUGAGGAGAAAUAGGCUUUAUUUAAAUAAACAAAAAAGCAAUUAAUUAAUUUGGCUUUUGUAUAAUGUGAAGAAUUAUGCAGAUUUCGAAGGCUGUUAUCAACCUUGGCCGAUAACAUUCUUCUCGAUUAUCUUUAUAAUUCUUCACAUCAUACUCAACCUGGUUCUCAAUCAACAGUUGUCAAAUAAAGCUUAUUACAUAACAAAAUUAAAGCGCGCGCUUUUAUUGGUCAGUUAGCCAUUCAUCACAUUCACACGAAGGCUAGGGUUCUAAGUCCAUAACUGUAAAAUGAUCUAUUGAGGCAAAUUCAGCUAUUUUCCUCUCCUGUACCGUUUUAUAUGCACGAUGACGUAUACAAAAUGAAAAGAGAAUGCUGAAGAAAUACUCAGUUGUCGUUUUGAAGGAAAGUGAAAAGAUCAAGCGAUAAAUUUGUCUUGGAGAAGUUCAUCGUAAUGGUUGUCUUCUUUGCGGCGGAGAGCUCAGGAGAACAACCGAAUGAGCGAGGUGUCUUAAGGAUUUAAGCCCGAAAUUUAAGGUACAUUUUGGGAGUUUUUAUAGUAGAGAAAAUUCUGUUUUGAAAUAGAAAUGCAUCUAUUAGCAUUGUCCUAUGUACUUCUUAGUCAAGUUGACGCUAAAUUCAAGCAAAUACCGCGAUUUCCUCGGAUCAAUUUCAAUAGAAGCUACUUAAUUUUCCCCCCCAAAAAAAUUGUGUCACCUGUUAUUGUAAAGGAUUUUUUGUAGGAUUUGUCUUAUUUUCACUUUACUUUUACUGCAUAAUUGUUACACAAUUAUCAUUUUACGUCGCAUAGUUCUUGAGUUAGUGUUUAUAGUUGCAGCUAUAGUUUUCCCUUGAAGCAUGUACCCCUUAGUUUUGCAAUAUACGUUAAGACGGAGGACGGUUGAUUUAGCGAAAAAAAAAAAAAAAGAAAAACUAUAAGGCAAAAUUUGUAAGGCAUGAUUUGUUUACCCGCGGGUCGAUGACGGCAUACAUCAACUCGUUUACAAUGCCCAUGACUGACUCAACCGAAAGCAAAAGAAAGUGUUUUCUCUUUUGUAAAGAAAUGGUAAACGUUUCACUUGUGCAACCAUCGAAUUAUGGAUAUACUUGGGAGGUUUGCUAAGUACUCAAGAAGCUAGCGUUGAUCUCGGCAACUCUUACGCUUCUUUCGUGCUUAGCAACCUCCCGCGUGCAUCCGUAACUCGAUGGUUGCACCCUACACGUUUAACAUUUGUUAACUUUUACAAGUUGUAUCUCUGAUACCAGUAACUUAACAAUCUCUCUCGCUCUAUCCAUCAGCUCCCAGCUUCACUCUUUUUUCAAGGUGACUGGAAGAAGAGAGACCCUGGGCAGGAGAUUGCUGUCUCUCCAGUUUAUAAAAGUUCAUGCGGGCAAAUAGGGUCUUGCGAUAAAAUAUAAAUGAAAAACAAAAAGAAAAAGAAAUAAUAAAUAAUAAAGAAAAAUAAAACCGCAAGUGACACUGCUUUAGUAGAAUUUACUCCUGGAAUUGCUUUGGAUACUGUUGAUCCAUCUAUCUCAAUUAAUAGGAUUAAUAAGUGAUCGAUUUGCUAUUGUUUUCUCUCUCUCUCUCUCUCUCUCUCUCUCUCUCUCUCUCUCUCUCUCUCUCUCUCUUUUAAAUCCUUAUUUAAUUUUUCAAAUAGCAAUUAUAGUUGCUUUAUUCAUCUAUUUACUUUUUUUCAGAAUGCAUUCUACCUGGUUCCGUGUUUUGGGGAUUAUGGUCGCGAAGAGAUAACACACUCAACUACUACAGAGCUUUUAUCACAAGAAUUACAGCCAGUCACAUCAAUUUCCACUUACAAAUAAACAAUGCUCAGUGGCGCACUUACACGCGGACUGAACCAGUGCUCGUUAUAGAUAAAAUCCCAGAAAUGAAGGAAAUCUCUGUCAGUUCAUCAGUUAUUGCUGUUCACAAACCUAGUAUGCAAGAAUGGUAUCGCGCUGGUAAUGUGGCUGGUAUCAAUGAGCGUUUAUCCCUGGUACACGUCAGGUUUAAAAACGGGGACCAGAAAUGGGUUCCGCUCAACCAACUCCGGUCGGUGAAAAGGCCUAAAUUUUGUGUGGAUAGAGUUUGAGACAAUUUAAAAAUAUAAAACCAAUAACGUAAAAUGAUGUUCUCAUAUAAGAGAGAGUAUAGUUGCCACAGAUUAGCAAUGAGUAUAAAUCAUUUGAAAACUGGGCUAAAUAAUUUUUUUUUCCGCGAUGUCAAAGCUCAUAGCU